UCCGGGGCGCAGUACUUUUCUAGGUCUCCCGCAGACGCGAACGCUCGCAGCACUUUUGCCAAAUGGGAAGUGGCCGGGAAAGCAGAACGUGGGAGCCCUGGAAUUUGUGGGAAUUCGGCUCUGCGGAGCACUAGGCAAUGCGCAAGCGCAGUUCAGACCGGGCUGCAGACUCCAGUUCUUUGUGUUCUGUCGGCGAUGUGGCGGCUGCGGUCUAUCGCUGCCGGCAGGGGCUCCUCGAGGGGAAACGCCUUGGUGACCAGGCACGGUGUCCAGAGCCUCAUCGGGAGGGCGAGAGUGGCCGUGGGCGGUGGCGCUCUGGGAGAAGGGCGGAGGGGAAAGCCUGGUGUGUGAAAUUUUCUGCCAGAGGACUCCGACUCUACUUGUUCCUAAGAGGGCUCUUUAGAGAAGAAAUGGCUGUCAGGCACCUGCCAACCACAGUCCAGGAACUGGUGACCCUCAGGGAUGUGGCCGUACUGUUCACCCAGGAGGAGUGGGCCCAGCUGAGCCCCUCGCAGAGGCGCCUGUACCGGGAUGUUAUGCUGGAGAACUGCAGCCACCUGGCCUCGCUUGGGCUCUUAGGACCCAAAUCAGAUCCGUUUGCCCAGCUGGGAAAAGGGGAAGAAUGGACACCGGAGGUCACCUCCCGAGGCUUCUGCUUGGACUUGAUGCCUCUCCCUGUGAGUAAGAAAUCUACUCUCAAGGCAGAUAUUCCUGAACAAGAGUCGGAUCAGUGGAUGGUGGAAGGGAGAUUCACUAGCAGGAGUCACUGGACGUGUGAUGGUCCAUGGGAAUGGCAGCAUGGAGGCUGUGAGGUGAAGCCACGGAAAGGGGUACUAACUCCCCAGCAAGCCUCACCUGUGGGCAGUGACCAGGAAUGGGAUGGAUCUGGAAGGCCCCACACCAUGAGCUCAUCUUCUGUUCAAAGUCAGGGAUUUCAGUCUAGCAAAAAAGCCUUUGAGUGUAGUGAGUGUGGAAAAGUCUUCACGACAAGUUCGACCCUUAAUAAACAUCGAAAAAUUCAUACUGAAAAACUUAAUUCUAAUCCAAAAACUCUUAUUAAAGAGAAACGGUACGAAUGUAGAGAAUGUGGGAAGGCCUUUCACCAGAGCACACACCUUAUCCAUCACCAAAGAAUUCAUACUGGCGAGAAACCAUAUGAAUGUAAGGAAUGUGGCAAGGCGUUCUCAGUGAGCUCCUCUCUCACUUACCAUCAGAAAAUUCACACUGGAGAGAAACCUUUCGAAUGCAACUUAUGUGGAAAAGCAUUUAUCCGAAACAUACACCUUGCCCACCAUCAUAGAAUACAUACCGGAGAGAAACCUUUCAAAUGUAACAUAUGUGACAAGGCCUUUGUUUGCAGGGCACAUCUUACCAAACACCAGAAUAUUCACAGUGGAAAGAAACCCUAUAAAUGUAACGAAUGUGGAAAAGCCUUUAAUCAAAGUACAAGUUUUCUUCAGCAUCAGAGAAUUCACACUGGAGAGAAGCCCUUUGAAUGCAAUGAAUGUGGAAAAGCCUUCAGAGUGAACUCUUCCCUGACUGAGCAUCAGAGAAUUCAUACUGGAGAGAAACCUUAUAAGUGUAAUGAAUGUGGUAAAGCUUUCAGAGAUAAUUCAUCCUUUGCUCGACAUCGGAAGAUUCACACCGGAGAAAAGCCUUACAGAUGUGGUUUGUGUGAGAAAGCCUUCAGGGACCAGUCUGCUCUAGCCCAGCAUCAGAGGAUUCAUACUGGGGAAAAACCAUAUACGUGUAACAUAUGUGAGAAGGCCUUCAGUGACCAUUCGGCCCUUACUCAACAUAAGAGAAUUCACACUAGAGAAAAACCUUACAAGUGUAAACUCUGCGAGAAAGCCUUCAUCCGAAGCACACAUCUCACCCAACAUCAGAGGACACACACAGGGGAGAAACCGUACAAAUGUAGUAAGUGUGGGAAAGCCUUCAGCCAGACUGCAAACCUCAUCCAGCAUCAGAAACAUCACAUUGGAGAAAAGUGAUUGCAGUUUAAAGAAAAGAGCUUUGAGACUGAGUAUAUGAAUAAUUUGAAGGUAAGAGAAUCCAUUCUGGAGAAUAACCAUAAAAGCCUGUGUUAAGAUAGUCAUUUUAUUACUGAGAAUCAAGCUUCACACUAUUGUGGGUUUUGAGAAUUUAAGAAUAUCAGACACUCUUCAUGGUUCAGAACUGCCUCACCCAAAUAGCAGUACUGUGUAAUUAGUCUGGAUUGCCAUGUGUGAGAACCAAUAUGGAGCUUCAUUAACAACAUAGAAAUUUGUUUAUCAAAUUUACAUUUUGAUUAUUAAGAGAAAUUAUACAAUUCUUAGCCCCCUUGGCCUAGAAUUCACACACAACUUCUGUUCACACCCCAUUAGCGACAGCUAACCAUAUGACCUGACAUGGAGACAAGAAAGGUGGGAAGAGGCUGGAGACCAACCCAGUGAGGUCCCCAUGCCUAUGGUGCUCUGAUGAGUUGUGUGCAGGCUGAGUGUAUGAAAGUCAAAAAUAGAGAGAGGAAUGGUAAAAUUAUAAAAAUUAAGGAUAAGAAGUAAAGGUACAAAACAGUAAGAAAAUGGUCUACAAUUUCACUUUACUUGCAUCUCUCACAAAAGAGGGUUUCUACUUUUGGCAGAACCCUUUGUUCUCACCCACACUGCUGACAUCCAGAGUAAAGGGCAUGCGUCCUCUCGUGUGUCAGCCGGGACUGACUGAAACUCUGCUCCCCAGCUUCUGUGUCAUGCCACCUUUUGCAAGAUCUCCCUGGUCUGUGUACCCACUGGCUUUCUGCCUUUCUUCUCCUUCCAGGACAAUUUAUUUGAAUGGUGUGUCCCUCUUUUGAUUUAGCAAACCCUAACUGGUAACAUCAUUUCACUUAUUAGCCAUUUGUUCUUGGGGAAUAUAGUGAUCCAACCUCACACACAGUCCAUGAUUCUGGGUAUCGCACCAAACCCAGCUUUCAGAACUUGGAACUGCUGCCUGGGAGGCAGAGAUUAAUAAAAAUUCCUGAGUUACCCAGUUUCUCUGGACUUCAACUUGACUCUGACACUGGAGUGAUACCUGAAGUAGAGUCUUAGUCUUUGUAAACAUUACCCUCCAACUGUUUGUACCACAGUUACCCUACACACAGCAGGCAGUUACACCUUGGCCUCAGGUGAGACAGUCCCAACCAUCUGCUUGUGUGUGAAGUUGCCUCCACUUCUCUGAUUUGCCAUUUUCUGUUGUGCUACAGACAGGAGAAGCAGAGCCCACAGCCUGUUCUCAGAAGGCUCUGCCCCACUCUCCAGCUGGGCAGUCCCUAGUGCUCCCUGCAUUAGAGUUUAUUUGUUAUAGCCAGAAUAUUAAACUGCAUCCUGGUCCUUGCCCUGCCUUUGUCCAGUUUUCUGAAGGUAUUAACUGUGUUCACAGGAAAGGCAGAGAGCUUUGUAUUUGUGCUCUUUCAUUGGAAAAUGGCCACUUCCUCUCCUCCAUCUGGGUAUUCUACUACCUAAGGACUAUCCGGUUGUGACAGUGGUGAGCAACAUGUUGAGACUUGUGAUUCUACAAGUCAAGAAGUGGUCACCAGCACCAUGACAGUCUCUGGUAGGAGCAGUGUCUGUGCCCAAAAGUUUGAAUGACACUCUAGUCCUACAGGUACAGAUCAUUUAUCACCUUAGUCUUUCAGCUUGGUCAUAGAAAUCACAGGGAUAAAAUAACAUCUGUGGUGUCUUCAAACAGUUUCUGGUGGCAUGUCCCUUCCCCCUGCCCCACAAAGAAUGGGGAGCACACACCAGUGCAGGCUGUUGCACUCUGCGUCAUAAAGGUGGGAGAGCAAGGAGACCUGGUCUGGGCAGAAGGUAACAGGUUUCUGGUUUAUGGAGGUGCACCCCAUCAAUCUGGGCAGCCUGCUGACCCCUAUGAAUGCUUCACCUCAGCUCCCAGCAUAGAGAGGGUCUUCCAUGUCAUGGUGGACUCAGUGGACUCCAGGUCAAAUAGUUGAACCUUGGUGCUGUCCAAAAGCCCAAGUUCUCUGAAUUCAGCCAGAUUAUACCCAAGGCAUUAGAGACUCCUAGGAACAUUUCAUUCUGUACCUCACUUUUCUAGCCUUGCAGAUUGGCCACAUGGACACUGACUGACAGAGGACCCUUGGGACCCACCCUUCAGGGGUGUGCCAUCUGCAGCAUAUCCAGCCCACCUCCCACUACCCCCUGUCCCACCUAUAUGUGAAGACUUCCCAGCACACUCAGUACACGUGCGUGGCAGAGGAGGUGCUGGGCUUAUGUGUGAGCCAGGCUUCCCUCCCCCCACAUGUACUGCAGCUAAUCUAUGAGCUGAGAAAUGGACCUUGGCCCAGCUAUCCCAGUUGUGCAUUUCAAAGUUGCCUGGUGGGGAAACCUAUUGGAAGUGCCAAUUGCUCUCUGCCUGGGGCAGGGUUUAAGUAGAGGAAUAGCCUCUAGACUUGAUUACAUUCUUCAGUGUCUAUGGCCUUCCAUGAACAGCUAUUGAAACUGCCUGAUCUCAAGGAGAAAAAAAAAUUACUCCAAAUUUCCCCUUGUAAAUUCCUCUAAUCCUUCUCCCUUGUUAGGUUUCAACUCACAUUCAGCUGAUUGAUUUUGCACGUGGUUCUCCCUGCCCACUUGAGUUUGCCUAGCUUUGACAGUGGCAUCUAAGAUAUUGCCUUCUUGCAUGCUCAGCAACUGCUUUUCAAAUGGCACCUUGGGCCCUGCCUGGUAUGGCUCAAUGGAUGGAGUGCCUGCCUGCCAACCCAAAGGUCGCUGGUCAAAAUGUCACCUUGACUUGGCAGCAGGCUCAGUCUCAAAGGUUACUUGGAAUAAAAUAGCCCUAAACUGCAUGCAUGCCUUAGGUUGAGAAAACAGUUCCCUUAAACAUCAAUUUAAUCUAAGAAUGGGCAGCCUCCAGCUGUCUGAGUCCUCUCCCUCCUCUUCCCCUUUGCACUUGUGUUGCCUCCUGUACACUGCUGGAUUAGACGGAAGGACAGUGUGGAAACAAGACUCCCACCUGCUGUAGGAGGGUUCCCAGCUUCCUGGGCAGCCUCAACUCCUGCUAAAUACAUUUUUGGUAAUAUUUUUACUUUAAAUAUUUUAUACCGGUUUGUGAAGGGAAAAGAAAUGCAAAGCUUGAUUUUCCCCAUCACUUGAUUUUCUCAGUUGUGCAAGUAAUCAUUCUCCGCAAGUGCCAGAUUUGAUUGUGAGACUCACCUCCCUGUUGUGUGUUACCUUGUAUGCCACACAUCAUUAUCUUAAAAGUUGUUGCCAUAAAAGUAUUUCAGUGUGUCUUUCUGAAAAUAAAUGAGAAAAUAACCAAUGUUUAAGCUGUACACAUUGCAUUUGUGUUGCCUGCUUCCCUAAUUAGAUAAAACUAAGACAUGACAGAUUCGUGUUUUUGGUCCUACCUCCACAUAUGGCUGUUCAAACUUCCCUGGCCCCAGACACCACAGUAUUCCAGCUACAUCCUUAUUGCUGGGGAGAACAGUUAACAUUUGAGGGCAUACCUUGUGUUAGGUACUGUAAGCACCCAGUGUUUAUUAACUCAAUCACAAUCAUAAAUAGUUAUUUCUACCAUCCCUUCUUGAAGGUUGAAGAAAGGCUUUGAUGACCCCAAGAACAAUAUACCUGUUGAGAAGACGCCCUAGUGGCUAACUGGGCUCAAAUUUAUAAACAGCCUGGAGCUGUUUGCUAAACAGGGGCAGCUUAAGCAAGCCACGCUUAAGGGAGAAGUUGGCACUAAACUGCUUGCCUCCCACACUGUGUUGCUUGCCUGCAUUGUGCCUGUCUAAGCUAGUCCUUAUAAAGGAGUUCUGGAAUCCUAUUUUAGUCAAUAGGAUUGAGACUUUCCCUAUCUAAUCAGCUGGGCAGCCAUAGCCUCAUUACCAAUUAGAGUGGCUGUUCUGGCCAAUUAGGACAGUACUUUUUGGACCAAUCAAAAUGUAGGAUUUGGAGUCCUUAUUUGCAUGAGAACAGACCAAUUGGAUCAGGGGAGGGGCCUUCUCUACAUAAGUUAGCUUCCCUCCGGAGUGGGUGAGCACUUUGGCCCCACUUCCCCAGAGUCUGUGGUGGGCAAGCGUUACAGAUACCUGAAAUUACAGGGAGACUGACUCAGGGUAGACUGGCUUCUCAGAGUCCAGUUAUGCAGCUGUUGGAAUAAAUUCACUUUAGUAAGGGAGGUGUCAGUGGUUGUUCCUUGGCAAGUAGUGAUCCCAUAGUCUUCAUCUUUUAGGUUUUCUUUAAUCCAAACUUUCUUACUCUUUCUAGUGGUUUUUUAUUCCUACCAUCAUAAUAUGCUAGAUAUGUUCACAUCAUAAGUCAUACUUUGAGCUCUUACUAUAUAUCAUCCAGGUACUGUGAACAUUGCCUACUUUAUGCUGUGGAAUCUAAACAGAACUGCCGGAUGUGUGGGUGUGGGCAAUGACCCAUUGCUAGAUAUAGUUUUCCUACUCACUGUAUAGAUGAGGAAUCUGUGACUUGCCCAAGAUCAGUGUUAGAGUAAGAAAAGCAGCUUCUGAUCCUAGAAACCAAGCCCUUAACGAUUAAACUGGACUGCCGUGGGUCUUGGAGAACUAGUCACCCUGCCUAUCAGUUUUCACUCACCUCUCCUCUCUUUUCCUGUUUAUUCCCCUCCUUAAACAAGGCAACAUCAAAAGUGUUUCUAAGAAUGCUGGUGCAUGCAUGAUUUAGAGCAAUACUAUUUCAGUGAGUGCAUGUCAAACACUGAAAAAAUACAUGCACAAAAGAUGUUUCUAAGAUACUGUUGGCCUUAAUAAGAGCGCUUGUUAUUUCAUCAACAUUAUGCAUCUAUUUGGGAAUAGCAAAGGCACUGCAGUUUAGAACAAGCAAACUGUGAAAACCAUGGGCAUGUGGGAAG